UGAGCUGACUAAUCUACGCGUCACAUCUGUCGAGCUCCACACUACUCUCGGAAAUGACGACGUGGAGUUUUAAAGGAUCAUACUGAGGAAAACACUGGAGUCCACAGUCAAACGACUUUCCAUCGUUGUCUGGAAGACAGCCAGAUCUGUGUGAACAAGAAAGAAAAGUUGAAUCAAACUGAAGGAAGCCUUUUUUGACCCCUUCUGCUCCAACCUCUCCCUCUGCCUUUGUAAAGCUUUUUUGGCAUCCUGUCUGAGGGAAUUUGAAGAGAACAUUUACUACACUUAGUCUCCAUUAGGAACUAGUUAAAACUGAAGAUUUAGAGAGUGCCCAGAGGAGUUGUUAGGAUAACCUUAACAUACAAGAUGGCCAAGAAAAACAGCCAAAAGGAUACCUCUGGGGUUGUCUUUGACACACACUCCAAAAUGGCCAUGUCCCAGGGAGGAACUUUUGAUAGAAUGAAAGAAAAGAUCAGUGCUGUUAGGGCAGUUGUUCCCAACAAAAGCAACAAUGAGAUUGUGCUGGUCCUCCAGCACUUUGAAAACUGUGUUGAUAAGGCCGUCCAAGCUUUUUUAGAAGGCAACGCAGCUGAGAUUCUGAAAGAGUGGAACGUCACUGGUAAAAAGAAGCCUAAGAAGAAAAAGAAGCCCAAGCCCCAGGCAGAGCCUUCAGCUGAGGUUGCUCCAGCCGAGGCUACAGCACCCGCCGAGACCAAGGAGGCUGUGAAUGGUUUCCAUGCCAAUGGCUCAGUGCUUGACGGUGACUCGAUAGACUCUCUGAGCGAGCAGUUGGACUCUGCUUCCCUGGAUGCAGCCGAGCUGGACUCUGAACCAGCUACUUCAGAAACCACUGGUGCUGAAGCCGAGAGUCUAAGUAGCCCCUCAACCCCUACGUCUCAGCAAGGAUGGAGAAACCACCAGGGUCCUCGAGGCAGCAAGUUCCGUCACAGACCAGGCUCAAACUCUCAUUCCUCAGCCCCCUCCUCCAAGCUCCCCACUUACGAGAGCCAACAGGGAUCAUCUGCUGCACGGAAGAUCGCUCCCAACAUCGACCGCUCCAUGAAGGACCUGCAGAGAUGCACAGCCUCGCUCACACGUUACAGGGUGGUGGUCAAGGAGGAGAUGGACUCCUCCAUCAAGAGGAUGAAGCACACAUUUGCUGAACUCCAAAGCUGUCUCAUGGACAGAGAAGUAACUCUGUUGUCAGAGAUGGACAAGGUGAAAGCAGAAGCUAUGGCCAUCUUGGACGGCCGUCAAAAGAGAGCAGAGGAACUCCGCAGGCUAACUGAUCAAUCAGCAUCCAUGUCUGAGGACCAGUUGACGGAACUGCGUGCAGACAUUAAGCACUUUGUGAGUGAACGCAAGUAUGAUGAGGACCUGGGAAAGGCCGUGAAGUUUACAUUUGAGCUUGAGCCCCUGAAGUUGAGCAUUACAGAAUUUGGAUCAGUGUACCACCCUCAGACAGGCUACUCUAACCGUUCCCGCUGUAGCUCCACCUCCUCCUCCAUCACUAGCCCAGGAUCCCAGGAAACCCUGUCCCUCUCCCAGUCUCAGAGUUCCAGUAAUCACCCUAUUCACCCAAUCAAACAGAUUUUCCAAGGUAACAGGCGCCAGGUCUACCACGCUGGUCCACGGUAUAACGGUGGUGCCUAUCAUGACCGAAACCCCAACCGCUCAAACUACAGAUACCAGGGUAAUCGGGGACAGGGUGAUGGUGCCGGCUCUACAGCCCACACCUCUACCGCUUCUAACACCACAGGAGUUCCAUCUCACUCCACAACAUCUUCCUACCACCAAGAAAGCCCCUCUCACAAUGGGCUACCACAAAGGCCUCCACGAACACACAUCCCCUGACACAGAAACCUUUUUGCCUAGUCCAGACCCUCUACUAACCCUCACACUCGACCCUCAAUGACCCGCUUCCUGACCCUCCCCUACUAACUCCAGUUAAUGAAGAAUAAAAUACAAGUUUACAUGUUUGUCAGUUGAGCUGUAGUGCCACCUGUAGGUAAAUCUAAUUCAUCCUCCGAACUUGAAGAGCACCUUGGUUAUGUAAUAUCUUUAUUUGGUAGUAGAUAAAGCAAAAGUUCUCAUGCCUUUUGAUGUAGCAGCUUCCCAUCUACCCUUUUGUGAAUGGUUGCUAUUAUCAGCCUCUGUGUUGGUUGUGUAUGCCCAGAUGGAAUCUGUAGGGAGUAAUAGUUUUCCCACGGCCAAUAUAGUAGUAGUUUUAGUAAUUUAGACUAUUGUUAUACAUCAUUAGUAUGUGUAUACAGGCCAAUAUACAAUGGUUUUACUUUUAUUUUGGGGAUAUUAAUUUAGAUAUGAAUUCAUUUUCUCCAUAGAUUCUGUUUGGUCCUAGUCUUUCUUGCUACUUCAGAGGUUUCUGAAGUUCAAUUGAGCUCAGACACUGUUUGCAUAACAGUUUUGAUUGUAUUUGUUAUAUAUAUAUUAUUUUUAUUGUUUUGCUCAGACCAAUCUAACCAGUUCGGUUCCUUUAUUAAAUUAGUUUAAAAAAAAAAAACAAAAAAAAAACACUGGUAGUAGCUCUAGCAUUUAUGGGAAUUUUGGUCACUGGCUGACGUGUCAUGAAUCAACACUACAAACUAUCUAAACUUUAUUUAAAAACAUAGACAUAUCAAAUGGCUUUCAGUAAGGGAGUUCAAUACAGUUGCCUUCACAGUCUCUACCUUACCUUUAUUUGUUGGGAUGGCUUAAUCAAUAAUUAAUUACUAGGUGAUCUGUGGUCAUCCUAAUGUUGCCUUAGGGCAGUGAUAUAGCUUUCCCUGUCUGUCUCCAUGUUAUGUGUCAUUGUUCUUGCCUUUUCUCUAUUGUUGUAUCAUCAAGGGAGAGCUAAUUUAAUUAGAUACAUAUUCUUACACAUCACUUUUUAAGUUAAAAGUUUGAGAACAAAUGACGCUUCCCACAACCUCAAUUUGGACUUAAUACAUCGACACAGAUUUACAUUUAGAUGUUUCGUACAUAUAGGAUCAUACACACUCAAACAACACACAUUUAACAUGCUUGCCUUCUAUCACAGAGUAACUUCACCUUUGCCUUCCUAGACACACAGAUGUCGACAUCACAAACACACUUUUGUAAGAUUAUAUCACUUAAAGCUGACAGUCGUGUGGUUAUUAGUUGUGAUGUUAAGAAUUUUUUUACUUCCCCUUUUUGAUACGGUUUGUUCACUUUACACUUAUUGUAUAGGGUGAAAAUGUGAUCAAUCUGAAAUUAUUUUUCAGACCGAUUUAAGAACUUUUCAAGCUGACCAGGUUCGGGCAGUUGUAAAACUGAGGUGACUGAUGCAUGGAUUGAAUUUCCUUGAAUUUCAAUUACAUCUGAACAAAAUCAAGUGAAAUACUUCACCAACGCUUCUUCUACAGUGAUCCCUAGUGAUGCAACAUCUGCUUAUCUUUGAAAGAAGUGCUGUUUAGCUGCAAAGAAUUGUGUGCAACCAAUCAAUAUGUAGUCGCUGUGACUUAUGUUAAAGUACAUGGGUAUUACUACUGCUGUGAUCUUUUUGUAGGAUUAUAGUUUUGACAGUUCAAGUUUGAUAAUUCAUCACAUUUUUGGAAAGGGGCCAAAAGUAUUGGACCAGAAAUGACUGAAAUGUUCCUGUACUUUUAAUAAUGCCAAGUUGUACACACCCUGUUUGUAGGUUUAGCAUCAUUUCAGUUCUGCACUGUUAGUCUUAUUCCCACUACUUGUUCCUGGAGAUGCAUGCACUACAGAGCAUUUUUCAUUGAUACAGAAAGCUGGUGGUUUUCCCCAGAAUCAUAUGGUUAUGUGUUGUUUCUCAGAUGCUGGGCCUGUUUGAUUUAGCCUCCCCUUGUGUAUUUCUACUUGGGAUAUCACUAAUCAGUUAUAUCCCCCCCCCCCCCCUCACACACACAUUUUUUGAUUAACCAUUUCAAAGCUAGCUUUUUUUCUACAUUCCAUCUAUGGGGAUAUAGGUUAUCGCCAAAGAGAUCAUUUUUGUCUGAGUUGCUGCCUUUUUUACAUACUUGGCCUGUAAAAUAACUUGUAAUUAUAUUGUGGAUUAGAGUAGUGCAUUUCUCUAUCCUCUCCCAUGUUCGUUUUACUUUUCUGAAUCUACCUUGUACAUAGUAGUUAUAUAAUUGUGGUGUGCUCACAAGGGGCACUAUGUAUGAUAUUCAUGUUGAGCAUAGGAUUUACCUCUAGAUGAGUCCAUUUCUUCCUGUCUAAGAUGUAUGUCCUUUUUCUCAAUGUCAAAUCUGUUAACUCAAGUGCCUUCUCUUGUAUCCCUCUAAAUCAUUCACACCUUCCACCAAAUAUGGACCAAAGACAUCUCCCCCACCCUCCUACCCAUUUCAUUACAAGCAGCACUUGGACUCUUUCUCUCCUCUGCCCCUUGUCUCCUACACAUGAAUGGCACACUUUUCAUUUACUAUAAAUAAAAUAAUGUUUGCAAUA